CUGAUGGCCCAUGGUCAUCCAAAGUAUCCAUGGCUGAACGUUAAGCUUAAAAGGAUAUCCCACCCUCGGCCUUCAGAUAGUAAUAUCGUACAAGACAUCAGAGCUCGACUCACAAGAAUAUAAAGGUCGCCUUGUCUCUUCUAGUCAAUUGACUUGACCGUUACUCUAGCACACUCCAUUCUUUCUCUCCUCUUGGAUAUAGUUCUCUUUAGUGCCUUUUGUUACACCUUUCAUCACCUACAUACCUUUAAUCACUUUUCGGAGGUAACUUCAAGUUUACUACAAUUGCAAUGGCUGACGGACUCAACGAAGCACGUGCCCUGCGGGUGGCCGAAAUCAUCAACGACUACCGAACUCUACUUGUGCACAUCUCUCAGCAGAACGUCCAAAUCCCGAGUGCAGAAGCCAACGAAGAGGGCUACAAGACGAUCAGAGAAGGCCUGGCUGCCGCCCAGGCAUUGAUGUCGUCCAACUACAAUCCCAGCAUGACGCCUGCUCAGUCGAACGUGGAGACAGAGAAGGCGGAGUUGCAGAGAGUGAUUCUUGACGCCAGCGCCCGUCGCUUUCAAGCCCAUCGUAUCUACCUUCGCGUGGCAGCCGCCAGAAGAUGGGCUAUCAACCGUCAGAACAUCCUGCGCGGACAGCAACCUGGACCUCAACACGCUGCUCAACUCAAGACUGUGAGCAACACGUUCCGACAGGAAAUGGCUCAAGUGACAGACCAAUACGUUGUUGCUGAUCUCCGGGCUGCAGACACGCGGGCAGGUCAUUGGCUUGCCGACGAUCCUUCCCUGCCAGUGAUCCUUACCUGGAUCCGUUCUCACCCAUGAAUUGC